AUGAUGGCCAGGCAGAAGAGACCACGACCUCCUCCUGAUGAAGUUCCCAGUCUUCGAGUGACGUCGAGGGAGAAGGUCGGUGACCUACCUGCCAUCGAGGAGGAACCCGGUGUUCCCAUGGACACCCGCCCACUGAGCCUGAGGCAGAGUCCUACUCCCGUCGAAGCAGACCGGAAGGCAACAAUAUGCGGGGGAACUUUUCACGGACUGAGUGGAAUCAUCAACUCGCCUGAUUAUCCUUUCAAUUAUCCAAACAACAUCAGAUGUGUCUUCCAAAUCAUUCUGGAACCAGGAUACACAGUUGGACUUGACUGCAAUGACUUUUCCAUUCAACCUGGAGACAAGGAUUGCGAGAAUGAUUUCAUGUCCAUUUCAGACAACGGAGGAGAAGUCGAACCUACGACGAAAUACUGUGGAGGACAAGGCAAUCUCAGCUUUCUACCAGUCCAGCAACCAUGA